CCUCUGGGAUGGUGUAUUACAAUAAUAACAGCUUACAGAGGUCACUUCCCUGUCAGCUUUAGCUCACAUAUAUAAUUUAUAUGCUCUGUUCUAUAUAUAACAAUAUAAACACCCAGCCCCCUCCUUCUGCUGCACACAGCCAUGGCCCUGAGCCUGUGCCAGCUGUGAUCUAGCCUGGGUCACCAAGCGCCCGCCAGCAGCAUACACAAGUGAAGCAGUCCCUGGCAGACAAGCUCAGAGGGAUGGUGGUAGUUUCGGGGCAGUCUGACUACAAAGGAACCACAGACGAUGCCAUGUCGAGCUCUGAUGCCGAAGACGAGCUGAUCGAACCUGCCACUCCCACCCCCAGCAGCGCUGCCUUCUCACUGCAGGGCAAGCUUCACCCUGUGCAGCUUCCUGAGGUUAUUCCACUAAACGUGGGAGGGACGUGCUUUACUACCAGACUGUCCACUCUUCAGAGAUUUGAGGAUACCAUGUUGGCUGCUAUGUUUAGUGGACGUCAUUAUAUUCCAACCGAUGCUGAAGGAAGAUAUUUUAUUGACAGAGAUGGCACUUACUUUGGAGACAUCCUUAAUUUCCUUCGCUGUGGUGAACUGCCUCCAAAGGAGCGAGUAAAAAUGGUGUAUAAAGAAGCUCAGUACUAUUCUAUUGGACCUCUUGUAGACAGCCUUGAUAAAAUGCAGCCAAUGACUGGAGAGAAAGUGAGACAAGCAUUCCUAGACCUUAUGCCUUAUUACAAAGACCACUUAGAACGCAUAAUUGAAAUAGGUAGACUCCGAGCCAUUCAGAGGAAAGCUCGCUUUGCAAAGCUGAAGGUCUGUGUUUUCAAAGAAGAGAUGCCGAUCACCCCUUAUGAGUGUCCACUUUUCAACACACUUCGUUUUGAGAGGAGUGAGAAUGAAUCAAAGACUUUUGAGCACCACUGUGAUGUGGAUGUUUCUUUUGGACCUUGGGAAGCAGUGGCUGAUGUAUAUGACCUUUUGCACUGUAUAGUUACAGAUCUCUCUGAGAGAGGCUUCACUGUGGAGCACCAGUGUAUAGGUGUGUGUGACAAGCAUCUUAUCAAUCAUUAUUAUUGCAAACGACCCAUCUAUGAAUUCAAGAUUACCUGGUGGUGAGAUGCUUAACCCAAAAACAAAAUGUUAUGGUUGAAACAUUUCAAGGACCAAAUUAUUUCUGAAAAGCACUGAAGAUGUGUGAAUCGUAUAAGAUUUCUCUUGACAUUUUAUGGCACAAGCUAUUAGUAAACAGUUUAGCAUAAACUUAAGUGCUGAUUAUGCCUUCUGAUCCAGGUUUGUCAUAGCCAACAGGUAAAUUUGUAAAACGCAGGCUUCUGGCACUUACAGUCAGAAAAAAACGUUGACCUCUGCACUGGAAAUAUUUUUAUAUCAUCAUACAAGUGAGUAUGAAUUACAGGACACUUGGAGAAGCUGAAAGCACAAUUUUACUUAAUCGUGCAAUACAUAAGAUACAUGUUUUAAUUAAAUAAAUUGAAAAUGAAGACAUUUAAUUAUAUAACUUUCAAAUGUUGUGUGGCAUUUUCUUGACAGAAUAUGCCAGAUUAAGUAGUUAUGAGUUUGUUUGUUUUAAUUGAGCUCCAUUUUGUUAAAAAAAUUGAUAAACUGGUACACUGAUAUAUAUUGCAGGUUUGUAACUUUGAAGAUACAGUUCUUAAAAUGUGUCAUUAGUCACAAGCUUCUCUGGGCAAAUUGUCACCUCUUCUUGGAGCAAGUGCUACCGUGACUGGAUGAGCCUGACAUACAUCUGAAUUUCACAGAAACAAAGCAUUUUGGUCACUACUAGUUGGGACAUUUCUAACCAGUUAUUUUAAUGUUGCCAUUCAUAUAUAUACACAGUAAAGAUGCAUUACUGAAAUGUAUUUAGUGGGAAGUUUGACAUAUCUAGUGAUAACAGAAAUGGACACCUACCUAAUGCUGUGGAUUCUUGGUAAACAUGUUUGUGUUUUAAUAUAUUAGAUUUAAAAUACGUUUUGUAAAUUAGCUAAUAUAUUUUGUGCUUUGCAUACAAUAGUAUAAUAUGUUAGUGAUGUGCAUCUCAUCUCAUUAGGGAUAAGCAAAUGUUUAGCAGCUUUUAUUGAAAACUUCAUAUUCUGUCCUCAUUCAUUUAUUACAAUGGACAUUCAAGUAUUCAGGAGUAGCCAACUUGCUUUGCUUUAUAUGUUGACUAGACUAAUCAACCUUUUUCAAAUGUUAGUUUUGAUUACUUCAAAUGCUAUCUCUCACAUACAUUAAACGCAGGCUGAAAACAA